UGUUGUUUCUCUUCAACGUGACUUUACCGAAAAAACUAAGAAUAUAGAUCAAGGAUACCAAUGUGAAUGAGUGCGCCAGGAUGAAGUCCGCUUUUCUCUUCAUGCAAAGAAGGCGCAAGCCUGACAAGGAUGCCAGAAGAGGUGACCAAUUUCCCCGUUUGCGACGGCACCUAAUGAGUUGACGAUUUAAGGCUGGAUCAUGGGUUCUGAGCUGCAAAGGCCCUUUGAGCCAAAAGAUCGGGUGACGCUCUACGACUUCACAAACCUGCAGGGCAGGGGGCUGCCCUUAACGCGGGACUGCCCUCGCUUACUGGAGCCGCGUCGCUCCUUCCGCCGCCGCACUGCCCACGAACCUGCUGCCCACGGCCCUGUCCGCUGCCACUCGGUCCGAGUGUCUCGUGGCGCGUGGCUGGGCUAUGCCCUGGAGGAAUUCUCGGGCCCGGCGGCACUGUGGGACGGGGUCGGUGGAGGUGAACACCGCCACGCGGGCAGCUGGGGCGGAUUCCCGACCGUCGUUGCGUCCGUGCGGAGGCUGCGUCGGGACCUGGAGUGUCCGCCUCUGCUGCAGCUGCACUCCGAGCCAGGGGGCCGUGGCCGCUCUGUGGAUCUGCGCGUCGACGUGCCGGACCUGGCCACCCUCACGAGUCGCGAGGAGCCAAGCGAUGGGGUUGACCCCCGCAGCGCCCCGACUCUGGGGCGCGUAGCCAGCGUGCGCGUGUGUGGCGGGGUGUGGGUCGUAUACCGUGACCCGAACUACCGCGGCCCGCACCGCGUGUUGGAGGGCCGUGGCUGCCUGGACGUGUGUGGGCCGGCCCCAGCAUCUGUGCGGCGAGUGGCGUUCACUCCCGUCGGAGACUCUCCGAGCCCCAACCUUGAGAUGGAUCCGAGUCCAAAGCCGGGGCUGAGCCAACUCGGUGAACAAAGCAGCGAUGAUGCCAUGACUCCCACCUGUAUUCCCUGCGUUACUGUGCAAGGGUCGUCUCUCUAGUUCUAUUCUCGCAUCACAAAAGCAUCUUUAUUUUUACAUGAAGGAUGAGUUGUAAAUUAGGUAUGAAAAUAGCACAUCACUCGGACUUGGGAGUGAUCUAUUAUUAGCCUGUGGGCAGAGAGAACUUGGGUGGCUUUGAUCAAUUCACUACCCAUUAUUCCAUAAGGGUAUUAAGCAACAUAAGCAUGUCACAAACUCAUUACGCUUAUUAUAAAAGGUCUUUCAUCACCAACUCCAAUGCUGUCCUGUAAUUAUUUAUUUUGCCACAUGAAGGGAAUUCUUUUUAAAAAAUGUU